AUGAGGAAAGUGCCGAAUCCUCGGCACAAGGGAGGAUUUAAGAGUUUGGAGUUGGUCGGAGGGCAGCCGAGCGAGCGGAACUGGCGGGGGAUCGGCAUUGCUGUACUCGUCAUACUCAUCGUCUUCGCGCUGAUCGUCACUGCAGUCGUCGUGCUGACGCCAGCCGAAGAAGACAAUUUCAAGGGGGAGCGGAUGGUCUUUGAUCAGUUAUUCACUGACGCAUUCGACACUGACAAAUACUCCAUCACGUGGAUACGCGGUGAUAAAUUCGUCUAUAGGAAUGACGAUGGUGCAUUAGUGAUCCAGGAUACAAGGUUGUUGGGCGAAGGGUUAGGCCCUAACGCUACCCUUAGGAUCCUUAUGGAUAAUAGCACUUUUAGAAGACUCAACACGGAUGUCUAUUACGUGUCCCCAGAUGUAAAAUAUGUUCUAUUGGCCUACGAUAUAGAGCCGGUUUGGAGACACAGCAGUCUGCAACGCUACUCUCUAUACGAUGUCGAAACACAGGUAUUAAAAGAUGUUUACGCAGAGUCUUCCGACGAGAACGGCAAGCUUCAGUACUGCGGCUGGGCGCCUGUCGGACACAGCUUAGCGAUGGUCUACAAAAAUAACAUCUACUAUAAACAAGACGCGUGGGACGCGGAGAAGCCUCUACGCGUGACACACGAUGGAGAGAUGGCUGUUGUAUUCAACGGUAUCCCAGAUUGGGUUUACGAAGAGGAAAUAAUACGAAGCGAUCACGCUAUUUGGUGGUCGCCUAGUGGUCAUAAACUCUGUUAUGCAACCUUCAACGACACCGAGGUCAAACCAUACUAUUUCCCGAUAUACGGCGAUGAAAUGGAUCCCUAUACGACCGUAAAGGAAAUGCGAUAUCCAAAGGUAAACACGCUAAAUAGAUCAACAUUGACUCCCAAAUCCAACGUGACGCUUAGUGUUUUCGACACGAGAAACCCUACGGUGAUAGUAACACUAAAGCCCCCGGCUUACAUCGCGAGUCUACCAGAACACUAUUUCACCCAGGUCAGCUUCAUUGACGACAGUCAGGUGUCCGUGAUUUUUAUGAACAGACAACAGAACGUAUCCGUGUUUUCGCUGUGUAGCACCACCUCCUACGGACAAUGUAACUCUCAAUACACGUACAUGGAGCGGCACGGCUGGGUGGAGGUCUACAAACCUCCCGUGUUUGCCGACGACCUGCGGAGCUACUUCUACAUUCUGCCGCAACGCGACGCCAGUCACGGGGACUUUAUGCACGUUACCAUGCUGGACAUGUCCGAUAAUAAGCGCGAAGUGCACGAGAUCCCGCUCACGCACGGCACAUUCGACGUGACGGGCAUCGUCGGAUACAAUCACGACAAACACACCGUCUACUACAUCGCCACCGACAACCAUCGCGAGUACGCCAGGCGGCGCCACCUCUGGAGCGUUGGAACGCCGCAGGCGGACAACCCUAAACGGCCCGUCUGUCUGACGUGCGAGCUGGACGAUGACUGUCAGUUCUACGAUGCGCAUUUUAGCGAAAGCGCGACGUACUACGUGCUGCACUGCCAAGGUCCGGGAAUUCCCAAAUGGACCCUGCACAGCAUUGAGCAGCUAGAUCCAGUGAGUAUACUGUAUGAUUCUGCGGAGUUACGCAUCACUGUUGAAAACACGGCUCUACCAAAGAAAAUAUACUUCCAAGUACCGGUAAAUGACAAUUAUAAGUUGAAUGUGGAGAUGUAUCUUCCAAUUGAGUACAAGGAAGAAGAGGUCAUAACGUACCCUCUUCUGAUUGAUGCGGGCAACAAAUUCUAUGGUGGUCCCGGCACGCAGAAGGUACAGGAACGGUUCAAAGUCGACUGGCAAACAUAUCUUGCCUCUAGCCGCAGCAUCAUCGUCGCCUCUAUCGAUGGACGCGGCUCUAGUUGUCAGGGAAACAUGAUGAAGUACGAGAUAUACCGACAUCUCGGUCGAAAAGAAAUUGCGGACCAGCUUGUCGCAACACAUUUUAUCAGGGAUAACUAUAAGUUUGUGGAUCCGCAGAAGGUCGCUAUAUGGGGAUGGUCCUAUGGAGGAUAUGUUGCUGCGAGGGCUCUGAGUCAUCCCUUAAACCGCAACAAUGAUAUUUUCCAAUGUGGUAUUGCUGUUGCACCGAUCACAAACUGGCGACUGUACGAUUCAGUUUAUACCGAGCGGUUCAUGGGCCUUCCAGGCGCGAUGGAUAAUUAUGCCGAGUACGAGGCGUCUUCAGUGAUGCUCAACGCCGCCAACUUCGCCGACGUAGACUUCCUCAUCGUGCACGGAGAAUCAGACGACAACGUACACUUCCAGCAUUCUGCUGUGCUCAUGAAGGAACUUCAAUUAAACAAAAUCCAGUUCAGCUCCAUGGUGUAUCCCGACCAAAACAACAACCUCGCGCGCACAUCAAGGCACUUGCACACGUUACUUAUCAAUCGCCUAGAUUCAUGUUUUAGCGAAAUUCCAGAAGAGGAAGAUGCCGACAUACCAAACGUCGUCGAGUCUAGUAGGCAGCCAGCUCAGUAUCCGUAAAACACUGUAAAAGUGACCUUACAGCAUAUAGUAUCACUCAGCAUUGCUAUGGGUAUUCAACCGAGUAGCCGUCAACCGGCCGGAACCAAGUCCAAUCCAAAGAAGUCCGCUCGUAACAACGAUAAGACUUGAAGUCGUCGUGACGGCAAACGCGG